ACCUGUUAACUAAGCUUCUUCGCCAGUGUCCAAAACAGAUAAACUACGUUCUCAAACGGUCCUUCAGCCACACGUGAGUGGACUUUCGUCAGACGAGUGUCUAAAUCCUUCAGCUACUAUACACGUUUGCGCAGUUCUGGCCAGAUGAGACAUUACGGCAUUAUAGAUCUUUGGAAGAUCACGGCGCAAAGCAGGAAUCAAGGGACAAAUCUUGUUUCCGGGUCAGAUGUUGCCGUACCUGCCGGUGUUUGUGGUGCCAUCACAAACGGCAACCAGAGCCCCAGUGAUGGCCCUGUGAGUGUUUCUUUGACGCCCGAUCAAGCACCGAGCUCUUCAGACGGUCGGGUGUCGGAUGGGGACAAAGCUGGCGCCAUGCUUCUGUCCUCCGGGGUCCUCUUGGGCCUGGUCGGCAUGAUAUUCACGGCUAUGGGAUGGACGAAUUACAAUUUCAACCGCGGCUACGAGUGGACGCAGCUUCUGGGGCCCAUUCUGCUGUCGGUGGGAGGUACGUUUGUGCUGAUAAGUAUCUGCAAGUUCAGAAUGCUGUCCUGCUUGGGCUGCAAGCGGAAUGAUGGAGAGGAAACGCCCGAUAUGCCACCCCUUUCAGGACCCUCGUUCAUCUUCACUAGACUCAACCAGCCCAUUACCCUUCACAGGGCCACGUUGGUCCAGUACAUCCCACCUCCGUACACCUCCGUGGAGCCAGACCAAAAUCUGGGUCCCGUUAAUGGUUUGCAUUCAACCCACCAGCCGUUAGCGGGCCCCGUGAACACACCGCCACAGUAUUACAGCAUGUAUCCAGCGGAAAACCCUGGUUUGAAUUCCGAUGAACGUGAGAACGCUACAGCAGAGCGGAGGGAAAACAGGAGUCGCAGCGUCUCGGAGGAAGAAGAGGAGAAAAAGAGCGCGGCAGGCAGCGCCUCUCCACCUGCGUACGAGGACCUCUUCCGCUCCUGAUCGACCGGGGGACUCUUCUAACGAACUUCACUUAAGAUACGCGUUAGGGUCGUGCUAAAUAAGCCGCGUUAAAUAAGCUGUCGUUUUAAGCUUUAAGAUCUUUACGCACGAGGCUGGGAGGAUAUUCAAUUUAAAAUAAAAGUUUGCAUGCUUGAAAAAAUGCGAUUUGCUUUAGUUUGGCGCGUUGAGGGCUCCUUUGCGCGUCGCGGAUAGCGUGCUGUCCUGCUCGUGGUGUUUUGCAAAGCUUCAAAGUUUCCUGAGAACUCCGUGGCACACGUGAGCGUCCGGUGAGGGCCACAUGGGGGCAGAAAGAGUGAGGAAGUACGACUGAACUCCACCGGCGCUGGGGAACGCGGGGCAUGUAUACGUGUGUGUGUGUGUGUGUAUAUAUAUAUAUAUAUAUAUAUAUAUAUAUAUAUAUAUAUAUAUAUAUAUAUAUAUAUAUAUAUAUAUAUAUAUAUGCUGUAUGUUCGUUUCGAUAUCUGUGCGUUUGACAAAUAAAAGUCUGAAUGGUCUGAAAAGCCUCGCAAGCAACCGGUGUGCGUUAAGAAAGUUGUGUUUUUUACGCGAGCAGGGCUGUCUGUAGCGGAAGGCUGCUCGGUUUGCCUUGAGAUGUGUUUUGUGCGUCUUGUUGGAACUUGGAAAACAAUUCGUGUCUGUUGUUUCGGGACACGCGAGGCUGUAUAUUUGUCUUUUAUUUAAAAUAUAAAACCGCGUCAUUUCCUGUCAGUCUACGCCUCAGAAAAAUGCCCUACAAAAUAUAGAUUUUUAUUAUCACGAAUCAACACGACGACCGAGCGAUUACAAGCAAUGCGCGAGCCAAAAGAGAAAGAAUAAAUCGAAAUAUUUCAUGCUUGCAUAAUUAAUGCAUUAUUUUUAACUUGUUUUAGCGUUUAAAUGAUGUUUGUUAAAAUCGUUAAAGCACACCGUACUAUUAUUUACGUGUCCUACCUAAAUUGUUUUGUAAUUCUUUACAUUAUUAUUAUUAAAUAUUUAAUGUUUUUAAACUGAUUUUUUUUUGGUUUAUGAUUUUAUAUAAAUACAUGAAACAUGGCCUCUGAAAAAAACAGACUGUGUGUGUGUGUGUGUGUGUAUAUAAGUCCGAAAGAACUGCAUAAUAAAGUAAAAUAUCAUGAUGAAAAGCUUAUUUCAGUUUUCUCCAUUUACACGCUUAUUUAUAUGAUACCAAAGGUAUCAUUCACUUUUUCUAUAAAAUAAAAACUAAUAACUUUUUGCA